AUGGCGAACGAAGAAGUGAUCUUGACUCAUGAAGCAGGAUACGCCUCUGCAAAUUACAAAUCGCUUGAAGGCACAAAGAAUGUUACGAAAAGGAUGGGUUGUUUUAUGGCUCAUGUCGGGGACGAGGGAGCCGAAGAACUAAAACUCGAAGAUGUCCCUAUCAUCUGUAAUAACAAUAAGAAGAAAGCUCCGGCCGCACACAAAUCUCCGGUAUUCGACUGCGAUUGCUUCGAUUAUUACACGAACUACUGGUUCCGGUGGGACACGUCUGUUAACCGAGAGCUAAUUCAUCAAGUAAUUGAAGCUAUUGAAGAAAACUUUACCAGUAGUGAACAGGUUAACUGUCGCGGCCGUAAACCUAACCAGAAGAAAGAGAAGGCGAGUCAUCGGAGGUUCGCCGGAAAAGCUUUAAAUCCUUCGCCAGAGGUUUCGGUUUCACCUUCGUACAACAUCUCAUUAGUUGAAGAAUGUGCAAAGGAAGAACAUGAGGUAGUGGAGGAGUCGCCGGAGACGGAUGCAACGACGAGAAGAGGACUUCCGGAAGUGAAAGGGUUGUUUAACUGGCGUUUGUAG